AUGUCAAAAAACACAACAGAGAACUCGACUGACCCUCACUCAGCUCUUCUAGGUGUGUUCCUGGGAAGCAUUUCACUGAUCACGAUUGUCAUGAAUAUAUUAGUACUAUGUGCUGUGAAAACUGAAAAGAAGCUGCAAACAGUUGGCAAUUUAUACAUUGUCAGCCUCUCUAUUGCAGAUCUUAUAGUUGGUACAGCUGUUAUGCCCCUGAAUAUUGUUUAUCACCUAAGUCCUGUGUGGACUCUAGGCUUACCAGCUUGUUUGUUCUGGCUGUCAAUGGAUUAUGUGGCCAGUACUGCAUCCAUUUUCAGUCUCUUCAUAUUGUGCAUUGACCGUUAUCGUUCAGUUCAGCAACCACUGAAGUAUCUCAGGUAUAGAACAAAAAUGAGAGCAUUGCUAAUGAUUUUGGGGGUUUGGUUGCUCUCUUUCAUGUGGGUCAUUCCAAUCCUAGGAUGGCAUGUUUUUACUAAUAAUGGGAAAAGGAAAGGAAAGGAAAACAAAUGUGAAACUGAAUUCUCUGAAGUUGCCUGGUUUAAAGUGUUGACAGCCAUUGUCAAUUUCUACCUACCCUCUAUCAUGAUGCUAUGGUUCUACUACAAAAUAUUCAGAGCUGUUCGAAAACAUUGUCGGCACCGAGAGUUCAUCGGUGAAUCAUAUCCGUCUUCCUCAGAAAAAAAACCCAUGCAUCAUAGUAAGACAAAGGAUGAGCAAAAUAUUUGUCUCCAAAACCAAAUCUUAGAUGAGAAAACCCCUCCCAAAGACAAGCAAAGCUCUCUUCAGCCCAAAAAUAUGGAGGCAGAGCUUCAUUUCAGUAAUCCUGACAAGUCUUCAAAGGCAUUCGUUAGCAAGAGUAAUAAGAAAGUCCUUAAAUGGAGCUGUUUUCCUCUCACUACUGCCCAGUCUGAGCCAGGCCUGGAUAAAGCAGGAAAGAAGUGUGUGUGUGUAACAAAAGACAACGAAAAUGAAGAGAAGCCUUGCUCACAAGACAGUGACUUAAGCAAUGCAUCAGACAACCAUACUUUCACAGAGGAGGUACCCUGUAGAGAGCACUCCAGUUCUAACCCUGAAGGAGCCUGCAGUCCUCAGGAAAAGACUGACAACAGGGAUUUUGGAGGACUGACUUACCUGAGGAAAACCUGGCAAAAUCUGCAUACCCAUUCCAAAAGGGACAUGCAAGGACUGCAUGGGAACAGGGAGAGGAAAGCAGCUAAGCAGUUAGGGGUCAUAAUGGCAGCUUUUAUGCUGUGCUGGAGUCCCUAUUUUGUAUUAUUUAUGGUAAUAGCUUUCCAUGGCAAUGAACAAUUUUUGAAAUUACACAUGUUCACUAUAUGGCUUGGCUAUGUGAACUCCACCUUAAAUCCAUUCCUGUAUCCUCUUUGUAACCAGAAUUUCAAGAAGACAUUCAAAAAGAUCCUUCACAUUCACUGA